AUGUCUUUCGCGCGCAAAAGGGGCCGAGUGGACGCGGUUUUUUCUGGGAACGGAGGCUUUAAAAGAUCUAAAGAAGAAUUGGACUCCUUUACAAGUGGUGGUGUAGGAAGCAAAUCAAAGCCAUGCACCAAGUUUUUCAGCACUUCAGGGUGCACUUUUGGCGACACGUGUCACUUUCUGCACUAUUUUCCCGGUUACAGUGCCCAUACGCAGCUAGCCAACUCGGGUGGUGGAAAUCCCCUUAAUACCUUCCCGAGAAAUUCAGCCUUUUCCGUUGACCCUUCAUCAGCAACAAAAACUAUCCCUUGCAAACGGAUAAACACUCCGGGUGGGUGCCGGUAUGGCGAAAGUUGCCAUUUUUCCCACGCCUCAGUUGAGCUCAGCGGGCCCCACAACCCGCGAAUGAUGGCCAACAGUAACUUUGGCGUGUCAGCAAAUGCCAAGAUCAGCGUGGACGCGACUUUCGCAGGGGCUAUUAUUGGGAAAAAUGGGGUCAACACGAGACAGAUAUGCCGGGAGACUGGGGUCAAGCUUUCGAUAAGGGACCACGAGUCGGACCCCAGCAAGAGGAACAUUGAGCUCGAGGGCACAUUUGACCAGAUCAAGGAGGCGAGCGCCAUGGUACGCGAGCUGCUCCUUAAUGUAACUGCUGCUAACGGCAGUCGUGCGGUGGGCCGAGAAGUUGGGCCUCGUAGUUUUAAGAAGGUGUGUGAGAAGUUUUCGAGAGGGUUGUGCACUUUUGGGGAGAGGUGUCAUUUUGCUCAUUCCGCGUGA